CGAUGUAACAAGUCGAUACCUUCGUGGUUCUACAACAUAUGGACGGCCCAAUGCAUUGGUUUCAUCUACAGUGGCUGUGGCGGAAAUUUGAACAGAUUCAAAACGGAGGAAGAGUGCAACAAUGUCUGCUUACGCCCAAAUAAGCCAAAGGACAACGUCUGCAGCUUGGAAGCGAAUUCCGGUCCUUGCAAAGGAUAUAACCCACGGUGGACCUACGACCACGAGAAGGACAUAUGCCGGGGAUUUGUGUACGGUGGUUGUAAAGGCAACGCGAACAGAUUUGAAACGUGCAUGGAGUGCAUGAAAAGGUGCAGUGGAAGAGAGGGUCAUUUGCGUCAUUGCAUUCUACUGACGCCGAAAUUCAACGACAAGUUUUACAGGGCAUGGGAGCCCGAAUAAAUUGCUUGGCUUUACGUUAAAACGGCAUUUUUUGUUGUUCAAGUACUUAUUAUGAAGAAUAAAAUUAUGUGAAGCGUUUUAUAGCUGCA